AUGCAGGGGGACAAGGUGACACCAAUUUCUUGCCUGUGUGGAGAUGUGGCACAGGAAGUCGAGCUGAAGCAGUCCGCCAACCAUUCGGCACUCAACUUCUGUCAUUGCACCGCCUGUCGCACGGUCACCGGAAUGCUGUGCUCUACAUACUACACCCUGCAGGCUGAGCCAGAGAUCCUUGACAGCCUCCAGGUGUACCAGGAAGCUGAUUGCAUAAGCCGCUACUUUUGUAAGACUUGUGGCGCUCAUGUCUUUGCCCACGCCAAAAACACAGGGCAAUUUUUUGUCGCAGCCGGACUGCUGGUGGGGAGACUACCCCCGACUAAUUCUAUACGGCAUUGGCGGGCUGCCGAGACGCGUGAUGGUGGCCUGACGCCCUUUCUCUCUGGACAGCCAGAAGAAUCUGCUCCAGCAUGUUGGCUACGCACUGUUCCGAGCAACCAAGCAAGCCAUACCGAGGUCGGACUCGAGCUCUCGUCCCGGGAUUCUGACGAGCUACUUGCCCGUUGUCAUUGCGGGGGCGUUGAAUUUUAUAUCACGCGGCCCGAUUCUUCAUCCACUAAGCCAACGUCACCGUGGUCCGAUCUGCUCGCACCGUAUCAUUCAAGCUCCUCAAGCAAUCCACAAGACGUGAAGUGGUGGCUGCAGGAUGAAAAUACUAAGUAUUUGGCGGGUACCUGCGCCUGUCCAUCCUGUCGUCUAGCCAGUGGUUUCCCCAUUCAGCCAUGGGCGUUUGUUCCUUUAUCGAAUCUCUACAACACCCGUAAGGCGCCACUGGCAUUUGGCACCGGUACGAUGCGGCAGUACAAGAGUUCUCCAGGCGUUUACCGCGAGUUCUGCAGUCGCUGCGGUGCAUCCAUCUUCUGGCACGAUGACGAAAGGCCACUGCUGAUAGACGUGAGUGUUGGCCUCCUUCGAGCAGAAGAGGGUUCUAGGGCCAGUGGGUGGUUGAAAUGGGUCACGCAAAGAGUAAGUUUUGCGGAGAUGGCAGCAGAUCAGGCGUUGAUCCAACAGCUGCAAAAUGGGCUGAAGAUAUUUGGGGACGGAAAUUAG